AGUUGGCGCGGGGUAAACUGGGAAAGUGGUGUCGUGUGCUGGCUCCGCCCUCUUCCCCGAGGGUGGGGGAGGAUCGUAUAUAAGUGCCGUAGCCGCCUUGAACGUUCUUUUUCGCAACGGGUUUGCCGCCAGAACACAGGUGUCGUGAAAACCACCGCUCAACCUAAACCAAAAUGGGAAAGGAAAAGACUCAUAUCAACAUCGUCGUCAUUGGACACGUAGAUUCGGGCAAGUCUACCACUACUGGUCAUCUGAUCUACAAAUGUGGUGGGAUCGACAAAAGAACUAUCGAAAAAUUUGAGAAGGAGGCUGCUGAGAUGGGAAAGGGCUCCUUCAAGUAUGCCUGGGUCUUGGAUAAACUGAAAGCCGAACGUGAACGUGGUAUCACCAUUGAUAUCUCCCUGUGGAAAUUCGAGACCAGCAAGUACUAUGUGACCAUCAUUGAUGCCCCAGGACACAGAGACUUUAUCAAAAAUAUGAUUACGGGCACAUCUCAGGCUGACUGUGCUGUGCUGAUCGUUGCUGCUGGUGUUGGCGAAUUUGAAGCAGGUAUCUCCAAGAAUGGGCAGACCCGUGAGCAUGCCCUUCUGGCUUACACACUGGGUGUAAAACAACUUAUUGUCGGUGUUAACAAAAUGGAUUCCACUGAGCCACCCUACAGCCAGAAGAGAUACGAGGAAAUCGUUAAGGAAGUCAGCACCUACAUUAAGAAAAUUGGCUACAACCCCGACACCGUAGCAUUUGUGCCAAUUUCUGGUUGGAAUGGUGACAACAUGCUGGAGCCAAGUGCUAAUAUGCCUUGGUUCAAGGGAUGGAAAGUCACCCGUAAAGAUGGCAAUGCCAGUGGAACCACACUGCUUGAAGCUCUGGAUUGCAUUCUGCCACCUACUCGUCCAACUGACAAGCCCUUGCGUCUGCCCCUCCAGGAUGUCUACAAAAUUGGUGGUAUUGGUACUGUCCCUGUGGGUCGAGUGGAGACCGGUGUUCUUAAGCCAGGCAUGGUGGUCACUUUUGCUCCAGUCAAUGUUACAACUGAAGUAAAGUCUGUUGAAAUGCACCAUGAAGCUUUGAGUGAGGCUCUACCUGGGGACAACGUGGGCUUCAAUGUCAAGAACGUAUCUGUCAAAGAUGUUCGUCGUGGCAAUGUGGCUGGUGAUAGCAAAAAUGACCCACCAAUGGAAGCAGCUGGCUUCACAGCUCAGGUGAUAAUCCUGAACCAUCCAGGCCAAAUCAGUGCCGGAUAUGCACCUGUGCUGGACUGUCACACAGCUCACAUCGCCUGCAAGUUUGCUGAGCUGAAGGAGAAGAUUGAUCGUCGUUCUGGAAAAAAGCUGGAAGAUGGUCCCAAGUUCUUAAAAUCUGGUGAUGCUGCCAUUGUUGAUAUGGUUCCUGGCAAGCCCAUGUGUGUUGAGAGCUUCUCUGACUAUCCUCCUCUGGGCCGUUUUGCUGUUCGUGACAUGAGACAGACGGUUGCUGUGGGUGUCAUCAAAGCAGUGGACAAGAAGGCAGCUGGAGCUGGCAAGGUCACCAAGUCUGCCCAGAAAGCUCAGAAGGCUAAAUGAAUAUUAUCCCCAAUACCUGCCACCCCAGUCUUAAUCAGUGGUGGAAGAACGGUCUCAGAACUGUUUGUGUCAAUUGGCCAUUUAAGUUUAAUAGUAAAAGACUGGUUAAUGAUAACAAUGCAUCGUAAAACCUUCAGAAGGAAAGGAGAAUGUUUUGUGGACCAUUUGUUUUUUUUGUGUGUGGCAGUUUUAAGUUAUUAGUUUUUAAAAUCAGUACUUUUUAAUGGAAACAACUUUGACCAAAAAUCUGUCACAGAAUUUUGAGACCCAUUAAAACAA